AUGGGGAACAAAUUCAUUGAACAAAUGUCACGCUUUCCAGUCACCCAACGGGUUUCUGUUGUUGUUCUUUUCCUCGCGUUGUUGGUCCAAAUAGCAACCGUCAUGUAUUUCCGGUUCUCGCCCGUUUUGAAGACAAGCGACUCGUAUUCGUCGUUUGAAGAAGCCGUUGGGAAUGUCACUGAUAUUCCCGCGACAUACGUCGAGGCUCAUACUGAACCCGAAUUUCCGAAAUAUGCACGCGUCGCGCAUAACGAGCCGCGUUAUUACCAAAUGGAGAGAGGGACUUGCUGGGAUUUUGCAUUGAUUGGAUUUUUACAAUCGAAUUAUCGACAAAAUGGUAUUGAAAAAGGGUUGAUGUCUGAGGAUCAAUACACGUUGUUGUCUACACAAGCUAUGGGUAUUAAAAUGGUCGACCACUGUGUCGAACACCCCGAUGUGUGUAACACACCAGGCGAUUCGUUGUUGAGCAAUAGCACUUCCGGUGGUGAAAUCAACUGGUUUUAUUCAUUCCCAGGCUUGUAUAAGGAAACCGUCCCCGACUCUGUGUGCCCAUAUUUGCCGACAGACAGCGAAGAAUGGAUUUGCGAUAACUUGGAGAGUGCAAUUAAGUCAAAUCCUGUGAGGUUUGAUGUCACUAAAAUGAACGUCGCGACGACGGUGGAGGACGUCAAAAAGCUGUUUGUCCAAAAAGGGAACAGAGCACUUGCUUGGACUUCAUUGAUUCAUGACGAUGUAGAAUACUUCCCAUGCACGCAAUAUCCCGAUUUGUGUAAUGUUGGUGUGUAUGAUGUUGUAGCGUGCCCACCAGAGAUAGCGAGCGGAGACUGUGCCAAAUUAGUCUUGCCGAUGUAUACACCUGAUGGUGAGUUUGAUAGACAUGGCGAAAUGACAAUGGCGGGCGGUCAUGGGAUGGUCAUGGAAGCAUUCACUGACGAGUUUGUGACUAAAGCCGGACAUAAAGGAGGAUUUGUGUUAAAGAAUUCGUGGAAUGAUACUGCUUAUGGAGAUAGACCAAUGGGGUCUGCCAGAGGUAUUCGAGGAAGUCAUUCUAUUGAGUAUUACUUGGGACAAAUUUCAUACGAAGAAGAGAUGACACUUUGCCCUAACCCACAAGACCCAUUGAAUUGGGAAGUGUGCACUGAAGCGUGUGGGAAGAGCACUGAAAUAUCCAAAAAGAUCAUGGAGUUUGAACAUAAACCAUUUGAAUACCAAUGCGUUGAUGAACACGUUUGUACUAAAGAUCCAGUGUACAGAUACUUCUUGAGGGAAUUGAAACCAGCAUCGAGAAAACCAAGCGGAAGAUACUUUGAUUUUACUAUGAUCAAAUAUAACACAUUGGAUGAUACAUUUGUCGACUUGACGUGGAAGGCUUUACCAACACAAGUUAUUGGGUUAUAUUUCACUCCGAUUGAGAGCCAAUUAAAAGAUCUUGUCGCAAAUAAGGAAUAUUGUGGAUACUACUUCUUCCCGUAUGAUAUCGUUGAACAACAAAUUUCAUAUUAUGGUGGAUUUAAUUGUAUCUACUACGACAUCAAUUGGGAAGAAUCGAGUUACUUGAGCAAGAAAGACAAUCAUAAGGAAUUUGACUAUACGUAUCUCGACAAAUCAACCACUAAACAACACUUGGACACUGCUACGUUCUACGCGUCUAAUCCGUAUAUCAAUAAGAGAUACAGUGAUUAA